UCUCUCCCUCUCUCUGCUGCUUCUUAUGGUAGUAGUGAGAGAAAAUGGAGUCUCCUUCCCUCUACCAAAGUCUGCUUCAAUAGCGCCGUUAAUUACGAUUCUGCCACCAGACCUCUCUAUUUUAUGAUCGAUCGAAAACAAAGAGACUGCUUAUUUUACUAAUCCCAUUUCUUCCAAAUUCAUCUUUCUCUCUCUCAUAUUUUCAAAACUGGCUCACAGGUCUCUCUCCUCUCCUCAACACCUUCCAUGUUCUUUCUGUUGCUCUCAUUCCCUCCAAAACAAACCCAACCCAAAUAACUAUAUAAAUCUUUACCCAUCUAUAUAUAUUGAAAUUUGGGUUUAGGGUUGGGGAGGGGGAGUGAAAUGGAGAUUUGAUUGGCUGUGAAUUGGAAUUCGUGGAUCAAAAUGCGAGUGAAGGAAAUGCAUCCCCUAUGUUGUCUCUCACUGGAGAGUCCGGGGAUCGGAGACCAGUCUCCGGAAGUUUCGCAAUCGAGAACCGGCUCCGGCAUGCCGGCGACGAUGAUUGCUGGCGGAUCUGACGGCAAUGCGGGGUGUCCGGCGGGAUCCGAGGCCAGCUUCGCCGGAGUUCUCUACAAGUGGACCAAUUACGGCAAGGGAUGGAGAUCGAGGUGGUUUCUACUCCGAAAUGGCGUCGUCUCCUAUUCCAAGAUCCUCAUCCCCGAAACCCUAGCUCUCUUCCCUGCCGGCGAAGACGUUCGGCUAAUCGGCGACGUCUCCUCCGGCCCACUAUCUCGCCACGACAGCUCCGGCGGAAGACGCCGGAACCACAAGAUUGGUUGCAUCGUUCAUCUCAAGGUCUCUUCGUUUAGGGAGAGCAAAUCGGACGAUAGGCGAUUUUACAUAUUUACUGCUACUAAAACCCUUCAUCUGAGGACCAGUUCGAAGAGAGAUCGGGUGGCUUGGAUAGAAGCUUUAGUUUCAUCUCGAAACCUGUUCUAUCUUAGGCCAUUGAAUGAUAGUCUCUCUCUUGUGCCAAGUGAUAUAUCAAUAUCAACUGAUAGGCUUAAAAAGCGAUUGAUUGAGGCAGGCAUCAGCGAUGUGCUUGUUAAGGACUGUGAGCAGAUCAUGCGCUCGGAGUUUUUGGGAAUACAAGGACAAUUCAAACUACUUUGCCAAGAGCGCUCGAAUUUGCUUGACACAUUGAGGCAAUUGGAGGCUGCCAAUAUAGAAGCUGAAGGCUCUGGAAUUCCUGAUAGUGAAUACCAAUUGACAAAGCAUGAAGUUUCCUGUCCAGGGCAUGGAAAAUAUAGUGAAUGCAGCACAACUGAAUCAUCUGAUGAUAUUGAGAAACAAGAGCUUGAAGACGUCUCAGAUGAAGAUGAUACCUCCUAUUUUGACACAAUAGAGAAUUUUUCUGAAACAACUCUUAGUUGUGGGUCUGUUGCUGGAGUUGCAGAUAACAUCAGUAAGUGUAUGGGACCUGAAAAGCAAUUUGAUCAUAGGAAAAAUUUGAAUGCUCAGAAGGAAGCUAUUAGCUCCACAUAUCCACAAAUUGAAAGGCGAAAGAAGCUUCCAGAUCCGGUCGAAAAGGAGAAAGGGGUCAGUCUUUGGUCCAUGAUCAAAGACAAUGUAGGAAAAGAUCUAACACGAGUUUGUCUCCCUGUGUACUUCAAUGAGCCAAUAUCAUCUUUACAAAAGUGUUUUGAGGAUUUGGAGUAUUCUUAUCUGUUGGAUCGUGCAUAUGAGCAUGGAAAAGCGGGAAAUGGUCUCCUGCGAAUUCUGGAUGUUGCUUCUUUUGCUGUGUCUGGAUAUGCUUCAUCUGAAGGUCGGCAUUGUAAACCCUUUAAUCCUUUGUUAGGGGAAACUUAUGAAGCUGAUUAUCCUGAGAAAGGAAUUCGCUUCUUCUCUGAGAAGGUUAGUCACCACCCAACAGUUGUUGCCUGCCAUUGUGAAGGAAAAGGCUGGAAAUUCUGGGGUGACAGUAACCUUAGAACCAAAUUUUGGGGGACAUCAAUUCAGCUUGACCCUGUUGGAACUCUAACCUUGGAGUUUGAUGAUGGUGAGGUUUUCCAGUGGAGCAAGGUCACAACAUCCAUUUGUAAUCUUAUCCUCGGUAAAGUGUACCUUAAUCACCAUGGGACAAUGCACAUACGUGGUAAUCGCCAAUAUUCAUGCAAACUCAAGUUCAAAGAGCAGUCUAUUCUUGACCGAAAUCCGCACCAGGUUCAUGGAUUUGUUGAAGAUUCCAUGGGGAAAAAGGUUGCGACAUUAUUUGGGAAGUGGGAUGACAGUUUGCAUUAUAUGAAUGGAGAUGGGACUAGCAAACCAAAGGAUUUUACAGAUGCUUCUUUGUUGUGGAAAAGGUGUAAGCCUUGUAGUUCCACUCGGUACAACAUGACGUCGUUUGCAAUUACACUAAAUGAGUUAACACCAGGGUUGCAGAUUAAGGAGAAACUUCCACCCACGGAUUCAAGGCUCAGACCUGACCAACGUGGUCUAGAGAAUGGGGAAUAUGAGAAGGCUAAUGCAGAGAAGUUAAGGUUGGAGAGGCGACAGAGGAUGUCGAGGAAAUUGCAAGAAAAUGGGUGGAACCCCAGAUGGUUCGAAAGACAAGGUGAAGACGGACCCUUCCACUACACAGGUGGUUACUGGGAAGCACGAGAACAUGGAAAAUGGGACAGAUGCCCAAAUAUAUUUGGUGAAUUUAGUGAAGACUUUGUUUAAUUCCUUUGAAGAAUCCUGAUGUCGACAAAGGGAUAGAAUGCGAAGCCUUCAAGAUAUCAAAGACCAACUAGUGCACAUAGAUUAGGUUAUAUUUUCCCCUCGAAGUUGUCAAAAGUCGAUUUUGAAGGGCAUUAGAGUGAAGAAACAGUCUUGAACGAGGUGAAAAUGUUGGAUUACAAUCAAAUUUCGUUGUGGCGUCAUUUUCUGCGCACGAGUGCAGUUUGUGUAAUUUAAUCUCUCUCUCUCUCACUCCAUUUGUUGUAGUUCCUCCCAAACUUCGGUAGCCAAUAGCUGACCAUUUUAUUUAGGUAAUUAUUUGCAUUUUCUUGGUAGAAAUAAAUGUAACAAGAAAAUGUAUUGCAGUAAACCAGAAAACCAUCAUCCCAGCACGAGGAUCUCUCGUUUAGGCGCAUAUACUGUUGUAGCUAACAACCCUAUCCGGUUUUGAGUUCCUAAAAAGAAUAAUCUGAAAUGUUUAUUUUGUGCCA